AUUUGAAACAAAAAAGAAGACAAACUUUCAAGGCUUUGACAAAAUUUGAUAAUUUGACGAAAACAGAAGUGUAGGGGUCGAAAAAAACGAAAAAAAUUGGCUCGGAUUAACAUACAAAUUUUUAGUUGCUCUAAGAAUUUGUUAAAUUACUUUUAUUUUAUCAAGAUUUUGUUAAUAUAAUUAACAAUUGUAAACGUAGACUGCCAAGUUAAUGAUAACAUAACGAGACGAGCGACGAAAUAUCUUGCAAUGAUGUAGAAUAAUGAGAAGUGGUUACGAGUGGUGUAGUGCGGGAUUUUUGUUUAUAUCAUAACAAAAAAAAAAAAAAUACGACCCGCAGUUCUAAAGUUUAAACAAGGUGCCGGGGAGUGCGCAUGCCUCGUAAAUCACGCGGUGAGCUAGUGAUGCGCACGCAGCUGAUUUCGGCACUCGUAUCUCACGUAACUUACGCACGCCUCGUGUGUUCGUGUGGGUUUUAAUGGGCGCCGGAGCAGGCACGUCGCGUCCGUCGCGUUAAGUAUUCUCAAUCAAUUCGCUAUUGGCAGCUAGCGAUCCGGUGAUCUGGUGACUGGUCGUCAACCAAUCAUGAUCAAACUGAAUCCUCUAUCAAAAUACGUUUGUGAAUUGCACAGCGUUGAUUGACACGUCGUAUGUGUAUAGUAUCAUAUGCAGUGCUGUUACGACCUUUGGCACGACGUCAGGUGCGAGUAUGUGAUACGUUAUACGACGCACACACAUUCGUGCGGGACACGUACGCACAUGUCGAGUUUCGAUAGAUGAAAUCGGUCAAAUUUGCGGAACAGAUGAUGAAAUUUACGAAGUUGGAAUACGACGACACAAUAUCUACUCAUAAGGAAACUCUCCUUGUCGCAUGCCGUACUACAGUUCUACGAUAUAUCCCCCCGUUUCACAAAAUGUAUUCCGUAACGGGAGGAACAGCUUCUCGAAGGGUCAGGGUGAGCUGUUUAUCAAUUAAAAAUGGGACCUCACAGCUGUAAAGAUUGCUUACACGCUAGGAUUAUGGCGUCCAAUGGAUACCCUACCGCUGGUUCAGCUGCAAAGCCCCUGGUACACCACUCACCACCCUGUGAGUCAGUGAAUUCCGGGGACGUCCAACCUUAUUGUUUUAUACGUCAUUUACAGCAAUGCCGUGGUUUGGGAUGGAUAUUGGUGGAACCUUGUCUAAAUUAGUGUACUUUGAACCUAAGGAUAGAACCAGGGACGAAGCUGAUGCUGAAGUAGAAACCUUGAAAAAUAUUCGACGAUAUCUUGUUAAAAAUUCAUCUUAUGGAAAAACUGGCCAUCGAGAUACCCACUUGCAGAUGGAUAAUGUCAGCAUAAGGGGUAGACGGGGUACUUUACAUUUCAUAAGAUUUCCCACUAGUGAAAUGGGAAACUUUCUAGCACUAGCCAAAUCAAAAGGAAUGGCUAAUCUGGUUACGACAGUCUGUGCUACUGGCGGAGGUGCUUUCAAAUUUGAAGAAAAUUUUAAACGGGAAGUUAAUAUGAGUUUAGCCAAGUUUGAUGAGCUAGAUAGUCUGAUAAGGGGUAUGUUGUACAUCGAAACAACAAAUCCCCAUGAAUGCUACUACUGGUUACAUCCGACAUGUGACAUUAGGUGUCGAAAAGUACCUUUCGACUUUUCUGAACCUUAUCCAUUUUUGGUUGUUAACGUUGGAUCUGGUGUGAGUGUAUUAGCAGUUUAUGGUCCCAAUAGUUAUAAAAGGAUAUCAGGAACAAGCUUAGGUGGUGGCACGUUUUUGGGUCUGUGCUGUUUACUCACUGGAUGUAACACGUUUGAAGAGGCUAUCGAUCUUGCAACUGGAGGAGAUAACACGAGAGUAGACAAAUUAAUUAAAGACAUCUAUGGUGGAGAUUACGACCGUUUUGGACUCCCGGGAGAUUUAGUUGCCAGCAGUUUUCUCGGUGUGUACAGUUUCGGGCAGAUGAAUUCCAAGGAACGACGAAAUGCUGUCUCCAAAGAAGAUCUUGCGCGCGCCACGCUUGUAACAAUUACCAACAACAUCGGCUCGAUCGCCCGCAUGUGUGCUGUCAAUGAAAAAAUUGAUAGGGUUGUAUUUGUUGGUAAUUUUUUGAGGGUAAACCCAAUCUCGAUGAAACUGUUAGCAUCUGCUAUGGAUUAUUGGUCAAAGGAUACCAUGAAGGCGUUGUUCUUAGAACAUGAGGGGUACUUCGGAGCAGUUGGUUGUUUAUUACAAUUUAAUGGCAAUACAAGUUAAUCAUGUCCUCCGGUCCGUGCCGUUACGUAAAGCAUUCCCGUGAAGAUCGAAUCUUGAUAACUAUCGCGUCUGGUCGCAUGUUAACGAAGAUUUGUAGAUGAUUUCUAUUUAUCGAAUUUAGCCUUUUAAUAAUAAUCUAAAGUCCGUAAGCAGAAAUCAGUAUUUUACUAUUAUUUAUUUUUGUUAUCGUUCUUACUUUAUUUUAGGGCUCUCUACACGUUCACGAAUAUGUAUAUAUGUAUAAUAUAUGCGCAAAUUGAGCAAAGAAAAACGUGCCACGCUAUUCGAUUCGCAGUCACAGCUCAUUGUUGACUUAUCACAAAACUAGCAGAUUUCAUAUAAUUAUUAAUAAUACAGUCUGUGGUUUCGAAUCAAUGGCUGCGCUUUCCUUUGUUCAUUCUGUACACUUAUCAAGUUUAUAUUAUACAAUCGUAUUGGAUAAAAUUUUCAGCAUGUAUUCAUAAAAGAGAUAAAAAAAAAAAAACCAUCAUAGAACGUCCAAGGCUCAGGGCACAAAUGUUUUAGUAAUACAAAAUCAGUUGUUGGACCAAACUGUACGUGAAAAGUGAAGAAUUAUUUAUCACAAUAUUUUACAAAAUAACUUACUUAAUAUUAUUUUUAAGUUGUUGAAUGAUAUUUGCAAGCCGUCGAUGCUAUAUCUGAGUUUCUCGUACGAUAUUUGAAGAAUCGGAAAUAUAGCUUGAAUUAUGAACUGAUAAUUCUUGCAAAAAAUCGUAACUUACUGAUAAUGAAUUUUAUCGUAAUACUGAUACGUAAGAUAUUGUACAGAUUAUGUAGAACAUUUUUAAAAAAUUCAAUCUUAUACUAACUCGUAUUUUAUUAGGUCUGGGAAUAGUCGUUCUUGCAUAAUAUUAUAUACAAAAGUAGUUCAAUACUGUUUUCUUUUCAUUUUGAUAGUUUUAUAUAACGGGAUACGUGUUGGUGAAUUUUAAUAUGCAUUACAUUAAACCUACAUUACACCAUAUAAGACAAUAUUUAGGUAACGCGAAUUGAAUUGCUUGAGGCUCUAGCUGGGAUAUACUUGCUCUGCCUUAAUUAUCUGUUAUUACACUGUUGAAAUAUGUACGUAUCGUAUGUACGUCGUUGAUAAAUCUCGACGCGUUAUUGUAUUUUAUUUUCACUAUGUAUGCGUGAUAGUAAUAAGCCUAACAAACUAUAAGAUUAGCAAAAUUGUGUUACGCUUUCUCAGAGAAAGACUUUAGAUAAAUCGUAUGUUUAUACGAGUGUCACGAAUCGAUUGUUUACCUUUUUUGAUCAAUGAACCGGAGAAAUUUAUUAAAUUAUUGUCAGUACCAACCAUAA